GGGAGAGACUCCUCACGCCGUCACCAAAGAACUUCUCGCCACCGGUGGCAACUCCAACCUAAGCACCAUCCCUCCUCUGGGACACACAGGCUUCUUAGUCCCUUGAAGAGGAAGGCUGCAAUGUCACUGCUGGGAAGUCAGGGCAUUAUCUCAGUCACCGAGAUCCUUAUUGCCUCUGCUGUCUUCUGUCUGACCUUCAUGGUCAUCAGAUCCUUCCGGCAGCAGAUCCCCAAGGGGCUGAAGAGGCUCCCAGGACCAAGGGGUUACCCCCUGAUAGGCAACUUGCUGGAGCUGGGGAGCAAUCCACACCUGACCUUGACUCAGAUGAGCCAGAAGUAUGGAGAUGUGAUGCAGAUACGGAUCGGCACCAGACCUGUGCUGGUGCUGAGUGGUUUGGACACCAUCAAACAAGCCCUGGUGAAGCAAGGGGAGGACUUCAUGGGACGUCCUGAUCUCUACAGCUUUCACCAUGUUGCAGAUGGCCAGAGCUUGACCUUCAGCACUGAUUCAGGGGAGGUGUGGAGAGCUCGCAGGAAGUUGGCCCAGAAUGCCCUGAAGACCUUCUCUGUCUCGCCCAGCCCCAACUCUUCAUCCACCUGCCUCCUCGAGGAGCAUGUCUCCAAAGAAGCUAACUACCUAGUAAGAAAGUUGCUGCAACUGAUGGAAGAGAAGAAGAGGUUCGACCCCUUUCGGUAUGUGGUGGUCUCUGUGGCCAAUGUCAUCUGUGCCAUGUGCUUUGGCAACCGUUACGACCAUGAUGACCAGGAGCUGCUCAGCAUAGUGAAUGUGACGGAGGAAUUUGGGAAUGUGGCUGCCUCCGGCAAUCCAGUGGAUUUCAUCCCAGUGCUCCAGUAUCUCCCCAACCGCACCAUGAAGAAAUUUAUGGAAUUCAACACGAGGUUCCUCAGGCUCCUGCAGGACAUUGUCAAAGAGCAUUACGAGAGCUUUGAGAAGGACAACAUUCGAGACAUCACUGACUCCUUGAUUGAGCAAAGUCAGGAGAAUAAAGUGGAAGCCAAUGCCAACAUUCAGCUCCCGAAGGGAAAAAUUAUCAACCUGGUCAAUGACCUCUUCGGAGCCGGGUUUGACACUGUGACAACAGCUUUGUCCUGGAGCCUCAUGUAUCUUGUGACUUAUCCAGACAUUCAGAAGAAGAUUCAGGAAGAAUUAGAUCAGACCAUUGGCAGAGAGAGGAGACCCAGACUCUCAGACCGGCCCAUGCUGCCUUACACAGAAGCCUUUAUCUUAGAGAUGUUCAGACAUUCCUCCUUCCUGCCCUUCACCAUUCCUCACUGCACAACGAAAGACACAGUUCUGAAUGGCUACUACAUCCCGAAGGACCUCUGUGUUUUUGUCAACCAAUGGCAAGUCAAUCACGAUGAGAAGCUUUGGAAAGAACCAUCUAGGUUUGACCCAGAACGUUUUCUCCGUGCCGGAGGGACUGAAGUAAACAAGACCUAUGGGGAGAAGAUACUGAUCUUUGGCCUGGGGAAGAGGAAGUGCCUUGGUGAGACCAUUGCCAGAUGGGAGGUCUUCCUCUUCCUGACCACCCUGCUGCAGCAGCUGGAGUUCAGCGUCUCUGACAGACAGAAGGUGGACAUGACCCCUCUGUAUGGCCUGACAAUGAAACACAAGAGGUGUGAGCACUUCCAGGUUAAGCAGCGCUUCCCAAUCCAGAGUUCAGAGUGAGUCACCUCUGGACACUGGAUGGGGGCAAGGGGAGAUCCCAUUUGAAUUUCAUCCUUAGGGGCCAUAUGCUAAGAUAAAUUGGACCCAAUAUAGCUUCUAUCUGACUAAUCUGUAUUGAUUUGUCUUGCCCGUCCAUUAACUAGCUCCAUCACCCUCACCUGUAUAAUCAUGACAGACAUGCCAGGGUAGCCUGGC